AUGUUAGAUCAGGCCGCCUGCACGAGUAAUGGCCGGUGUAACCGCGAGAAGCCGCCUUGCAAGUACUUUCAUCCCCCGCAGCAUCUUAAAGAUCAACUUCUCAUCAACGGUCGAAAUCACCUAGCACUAAAGAACGCCUUAAUGCAGCAAAUGGGAUUGACGCCGGGCCAGGUGCUACCUGGCCAAGUUCCUACUGUGGUGGGCGGCGUGAGCGGAGCGGGAGCGGCUGCGAGCCACCUCGCUGCGCUGGAUCCGAUCAGUCUGGCCCUGCUCGCUCCGCAGGCGACAUCUCCGUACUUAUCGGGAGUGCCAGGCGUUGGGUCCACAUAUGCCCAAUAUUAUACGCCACAGUUGGUGCCCGCGAUGCUCGGGCACGACCCGUCGGCCGCGGCGGCCUCGCCGCUAGGCGUCAUGCAGCAACCAGUAUUGCAGCAGAAACUGCCUCGCACUGAUCGGCUUGAGCGCGAGCGGCGACAUGGCUGGUGUGUGGUGGUGCAGGUGUGCCGGGAGUUCCUGCGCGGCGCGUGCAAGCGCGCCGAGUCCGAGUGUCGCUUCGCACACCCGCCGCCGCCCGUGGUCGCGCAUGACGACGGCUGUGUCACGGUGUGCAUGGACGCCGUCAAGGGCCGCUGCGUCCGCGACCCCUGCCGCUAUUUCCACCCUCCCCUGCACCUGCAGGCGCACCUUAAGGCGCAGGCGCGCGGCGCGGUACGCCACCAGGCUGCACGCUCUCGCCUCGCUCGCUCGCGCUCGCUUAUCUUCUUCCGCUUGGUCUCGCUCGCCGCGACGCCGCUUUUGUUCGCAGAGCUUGUUCUGUUGAGUUCGCCGCGGUGUCGAUCCGCGUCACGCUUCCGUCGCACUCACGCUUCACUUUUAAUUUUUUUAUCUAUCGCA